ACUAAUGAAACGCAGCCUCAGUGUCAUCAGUCGGUCAUGUCGUCACUUCACGGUGCACUUGUCUUCACAAUGCUGUCCUGUGUGCUGUCACGGAGCGUCUGCCAGGUGGUUGCGGAAGUGAACCGCAGGUCUUGCCCGAGUUUUGGUUCAGUUUUUCGGGCUUUUACAACCUCGAGUCCAAAAUGCGGAGAAGCGUCGGACAGCGCUUCAGUGGUGACCUACUCACAGCUGAAGACCAUGCUGUCCAACCGUGACAUUCAGCUAUUUGAUGUGAGAAAUCCUGAUGAAUACCAGGCUGGACGCAUUCCAGAUGCUGUCAACAUCCCACUGGGCAACCUGGAGGAGUCUCUGAAGCUCUCCCCAGAGCUCUUUCAGCAGACAUUUGAAGUGAAGGCUCCUGGGAAAGGUGAUAACAACAUCGUGUUUCACUGCAAAAGUGGCAACAGGAGCUCCAAAGCCCUGGACAUCGCCCGUCAGCUGGGAUUUAGCAGGGCGAGACAUUAUAAAGGAGGGUACAGUGAGUGGGCAGAGCAAGAAGGAAAAUGAAUAGAUGUGGGCUGAAUUCUGCGCCUUAGUUGCAUAUCUUUAUUAAAAAUAAUAAACUACAGAAUAUAAAUGAGAGAUGACAUACCAGUAAGUCUAGAGCAACAUUUGGUUACAAUUUUAUAUAAUAUUGACUGUUAAUAAGUUACAAUUUAGCUUCACGUUGACUGUGUCUUCCUAAGUUACUCAUUUUAUUCAUAUUAACUGUUAUUUUAUAGGUAAACACCACUUUAAAGAUUGAACUUCUUUGCCAUGGUGCAAUUUUUAGCUACUGAUUCAAGACUGUAAUUAAGGUUUUGCAUAUGCUUUUAUUCUGUGUGAAGACGUGAUUCAUGAAACUGAUUAAUGUGAAAGUGCUUGAUGUUGAUUAAAUCAUAUAGAAAUUUCAA